AUGUCUGCUUUCAACACUCCCUGGUUCAACAGCCAAGACCGAUCGUUUUUCAACGUCUUGAACAAGAGCAAAAUCGCCCAUGUGAUACUUGCCGCCGAAACGGACGACUUUGACGAAGAAACGACGCAGAAAUGGCAAGACGAAGGUUUUCAUGCGGUGUAUGUGCCGAUGUUGAAAGGUGGCAACGAUUUCAUCAAGCGAUUACAUACGGUCGGUGAUAACUUUGGCGUCUCGGAGCAGUAUGCGAUAGUAGCAUAUGGCGAUGCAGCACACUUAGCUCUGGAAGCACAUACAAAACCAAACCACCCAAAGCUGGUAGCCAUCGUUGCAUACUAUCCAUCGGCCAUCCCAUCGGUUCACACAAAGUACCCAGCUUCUGUGCAAGUACUCGUACACCUGGCUGGCAACGAAAUUGGUGUUCACAAGCAUCCCGAAGUCCUUGGUAUCCAAGGAAAGCAGAAGACUGUCCGAAAACGAAUCGAUCCGGGAGUGGGCUUCGGCGAGUGUCUCAAGCUGGGCUUCCGAGCCUACACCUACUCAGGCGUCAAAUCAGGAUUUGCUGAGCAAGACCUGGAGGAGUACGAUCCUGUUGCCGAUGGAGUUGCUUUCACUCGUAGCAUAGCGUGCGUACGCAAAGGCUUUCGCGUGGAGAACGAUGUCGAAAUGAUGAGAGAUCACCACGUCAGAUACCUACACUCAGGACAACAGGACAAAGCCGUCAAGCAAACAAGACCUUACGCACACGUCAUCCAUACGCCGACACUGACUGGCGGUGUUGGACUAGAAGAUAUCACCGACUUUUACGAGAACUUCUUCACACCCAUCCCGCGGCAGACGAACGUGCAGAUUCGCCUUUUGAGUCGGACGGUUGGAACUGAUCGAGUGGUCGACGAGUUGUAUGUUGCGUUGACACAUACAAUUGAGAUCCCCUGGCUCUUACCUGGAGUACCGCCGACGAACAAGAGGAUCGAGGUUGCGAUUGUGUCGGUAUUCCAUGUCCGUGGGGAGAAACUGGAAAGCGAACAUGUCUACUGGGAUCAGGCGAGCGUACUCGUGCAAACUGGCAUGCUCGAUCCGAAGGUUGUGCCAGACGCACUGAAGAAGAAAGGCGUGAAGCAAUUGCCGGUGGUGGGAGCAGAAGGCGCCAGAGCAAUCAAGAGAGGGAGUAGCCAGAAGAUGAACGAUCUAAUUCCAGAUUGGUGA